GAUGACAUUAUUGUCAAACAACAAAAACAACUCCCGGUUGUUAUUUCCAUUAAAAAUAAAGAAUUUUAUUUAAUUAUAACACAAUUUGUGACAUUAAAAAAAUAGAAUAAAAUACGAAAACAAAAUGGCAGACGAUGACGCACCUUCGGACAGCAGUCUUCUUGUUAUAAUAGUGGAUACGAACCCGAACCAGCGAUAUAUAACAGAAGAUCCAAAAGUACUUACCGGCUGUCUCGAUGCCGUAAUAGCAUUUGCCAACUCGCAUCUGAUGCAGAAAUCCAGAAAUCAGUUAGCCGUGAUCGGUUGUCAUUUUCAUAAAAGUGAAUACUUGUAUCCAUCUCCAGGAAAGCCAUUGGAUGUGCGACAAAUUGAUGGACAAUAUGAACUGUUUACUUUGGUUGAGAAAACUAUUAAAAUGAGGCUUGUAAACUUAAUUAAAAGUCAGCCACAAGAAGAGAGGCCUGGAGAGUCUCUACUAGCUGGUGCGAUGGCAAUGGCACUCUGCUGCAUUGCCAGGAUGCGUCGAGAAGCAUCACCGGGCCUGCGACUAAGCAGCCGCAUCCUCAUAGUGACAGGGAGCUCAGAUACUGCAGCCCAGUAUAUCAAUUAUAUGAAUGUGUUUUUCACCGCUCAGAAACAACAAGUGCUGAUAGACGUCUGCUCUCUGGACAAACAUCUGAGUUUACUUCAACAGGGCUGUGACAUCACCGGCGGGCUCUACUUAAAAGUACCUUCAUUGGAGGGACUACUUCAAUAUUUAUUGUGGGUCUUUCUACCUGAAGCGUGGGAACGAAAGGAGUUGGUGCUACCAGGUCGAGGCAGGGUGGACUACCGCGCUGCUUGCUUCUGUCAUCGGGAACUGCUCACUAUAGGCUAUGUGUGCUCCGUUUGUCUUAGCGUUUUUUGCAAGUUCAGCCCAAUCUGCACAACAUGCCACACCGUCUUCAAAAUCGCUGGUCCGCUGCCGAUCAAACCGAAGAAGAAGAAAAUGAAAAUAUAAUAAUUAUGUAAGAUAAAAUGUAAUGUAUUCCAAUGGCAGACAGAGAAAAGUUAAACAAACCAAAGAUUUAUAAACUUAUGCACCAAACAUUUCUUAAUUAGUAUAUAUUUAUAAAACAACAUUAUUUCACUUAACUAUUUAUUAUAUCCACUUUCAUUUUUUAAUUAUAGAAUAAGUAGGCGAACGAGGUUAUGGGCCACGUAAGUCCACCAACGCCCAUAGACAUUGGCAUUGUAAGAAAUGUUAACCAUCGCUUACAUCGCCAAUGCGCCGCCAAUCUUGGGAACUAAGAUGUUAUGUCCCUUGUGCCUGUAAUUACACUGGCUCACUCACCCUUCAAACCGGAACACAACAAUACCAAGUACUGUUUUGCGGUAAAAAAUCUGAUGAGUGGGUGCUACCUACCCAAACGAGCUUGCACAAAAUCAUACCACCAGUAAACUUCCAUUGUUCUAAUAAUAAUAUCACCGACAUUCAAAGCGCCAUUUUUUAACGAAUCAAUGUUGUCAUGCCAAUUAAAGGCCAAACUUGUUUAUUUAUCUUUAUCCCUCCUGCUAUUGGAAUAAGUUAUAAAUGUGUAUAUAAUUAGUUCUAUGACAAUAAAAUGUUUUUUUUUUU